AACCAGUAAACUCGCCAUUUGACCGAGUCGAGCUAUAGGGUGAGGGAGGCGUCUUGUAGAGUUUGGUUCAGCAAAAUCGUUCAACCAAGGGUUAGAUCGAUAAGUGCUUUGCAGAUUUGAUUGAAGGAAUGGGGAAAGAAAACGAUGAUACUUCUCCCAUGAACAUGGACAUUGACAAGUCCGAUCAACCUAAAUUUUCCAUCAAUGUUUUGCAGCUGUUGAAAUCUGCUCAAAUGCAGCAUGGGCUCCGUCAUGGUGAUUAUACUCGCUAUAGACGCUAUUGUACUGCUCGUUUGAGAAGGCUGUAUAAAUCUCUCAAGUUUACCCAUGGGCGUGGUAAAUACAGCAAGAAAGUUAUUACAGAGAGCACUGUUACUGAUGUUAGGUUUCUCCAUAUCCUUCUCUAUACUGCUGAAAGAGCAUGGAGCCAUGCUAUGGAAAAAAGACAACUAGGAGAACGACCAAAUGGACGCCAACGGAUCUAUCUGAUUGGCAGAUUAAGAAAAGCUGGGAAAUGGGCCACCCUUUUCUCGCAACUUUGUGCUAUCAAGGGAGACUCCAGAACUUCUUUGGAAGCCGAGGCAUAUGCAUCAUAUAUGAAAGGCAACUUGUUGUUUGAGCAAGAUCAGAAUUGGGAUAUGGCAUUAAGAAAUUUCAAGAGUGCCAGGGCGGUCUAUGAAGAGCUGGGGAAGUAUGGAGACCUCGAAAAUCAGCUUUUGUGUCGUGAACGUGUAGAGGAGCUAGAGCCUAGUAUUAGGUAUUGCUUACACAAAAUUGGCCAGUCCAACCUGCAAGCUUCAGAACUUCUGCAAAUUGGUGAAAUGGAGGGGCCAGCACUGGACCUUUUCAAAUCCAAAUUGGAGGCUGUCAUGGCUGAGGCAAGAUCUCAACAAGCUGCUUCAAUGACAGAAUUCAAUUGGCUAGGACACAGAUUUCCUAUUUCUAAUCCUAAGACAAGGGUUUCUAUUCUAAAAGCUCAGGAGUUGGAGAAGGAUCUUAAUGGUCCCACCGCUGACUCGUUGUCUUCUGAGAAAAAACUUGCUAUCUUCGACAAAAUUUUUUCUGCGUAUCAUGAUGCAAGAAAUUGCAUUCGCAAUGAUCUGGUUAGUGCAGGCAGUGCUGAAAAUGUGAAAGAUGAGUUGAAUGGACUUGAUAAAGCUGUAAGUGCUGUCCUUGGACAGCGUACUAUAGAGCGGAACUUACUCUUAGUCAGUAUUGCCAAGAGCAAACUCGGCAGAAACCGGGAUGACAAAAAUGAAAAAGUUACCAAACCAGAGGAACUUGUUCGCCUGUAUGAUCUUCUACUACAAAAUGUCGGAGAUCUGUCUGAUUUAGUGACUUCUGGGAGGGAUAGGAAAGCAGAGGAAGUGUCAUUUGCUGAGGAAUGUGCUCUCAAAAGUUUAGCUUUCCGUGCAGAAAGGUGCUUUUACUUGGCAAAAUCCUAUAGUUUAGCAGGAAAGAGAGCUGAAGCAUAUGCAUUAUAUUCUCGGGCUCUUUCUUUGGCUGAGAAUGCAUUGCAAAAUUUACAGAGCAUGGCAAACAGUGAACAGGAAUUGAUGGCAGAGUUGAAGACAUUACAUCAACAGUGCAGAUCAAACAUCUGUAUAGAACAUGCUACAGGAAUUUUGGAAGAGCAGAAGGGUCCUGAAAAUCUUUCCAAAAAGAUAUCCACUUUGUCUCUGACAGGGGCAGAUAAGAAGGAUAAAUUCCUUGCUGAGAAGCUCGAUGUGUAUGAGCCAGCUGUCAGUGAUUCGAGCACAAAAGUACCUCCCCGUAUCGAAGCUUUCCCUCUAGCUUUCCAAGCAAUCCCAAGGAAUCCAAUCGUUCUCGAUCUUGCUUAUAACAUGAUCGAGUUUCCUUCACUUGAGAACAGGAUGAAGAAAGCAAGAGGCUUCAUGAGUAGGCUCUGGAGAUGAGCACACUAAUCAGAUUGGUGCGAUUCUGGCUCGCUCCCAAGAUCCGAUAGUUGGACACUAAAUGUAAUUUUAUAGCCGAUCCUUUUGCUUCCAUGGUUAUUCUGAUAGCAUUGGCAUGUUCUAACAAUUAAACAGUUUUUCAUUUGCACAGUUUUGUAAUUCAUAGGCAUUCAUAGAUGCUGGGAUUAUUGGAACUGAACAUAGGAUGUGAGUUGUGUUUUCCAGAUUUGACGUAUCGGACUAGUGCAAAUAUGCUAGUUAAGCUUACUUAUAAAGAACUAGCAAAUUCUAAGGGACAGAGGAUUAUGUGUUUCUUAUGUUAAAGCUUUAUUAUGAGUCUGCUGGUGAAAUGGUUGGUAACAA